UCUUUUCCCUCUCUCCCUUUUCCCAGCGCUGUGUAAUCCCUGUUGCAAAAGAGUCUGAUUGAGAGCAGGGGGGUUAUUGAAGCUAUUGGAUCUUUCACAUCAGUUCACCACCACCACAGGGGCAGAGGAAGCACCUGAGUGCGGUAGAGGGACAACCCUGGUAAAACUAUCGGCAAAACUUUGUGGAAGUUUCACAAAAGGUGCAGAAGAACCGUACCUAAUCAAAGAGAGGAAAUUGGGAGCACCUUUCCUUUUCCUUCUUUCGUCUUUUAAAAUAAGGAAGGUGGUGGACUUCUGUGCACCUGUAUCGGCAGUAAAGCAAUGGCUUCCAUUGAUGUCCCCAAGGAUGACUAUAGCUAUGAGUACUAUGAUGUGCAAUUGGAGCCCACAACAUCUCCUGAAGACACUAUCCUGCAAUGUGAUCCUACUGUAGAUGACAGGCUGUACCACACAUGUAUUGCUGCAAUCUCUAUCAUUGUGCUUUUAGUCCUUGCCAGCUUCACCAGACGCAAGAGACUGGCUCAGGACUGCUUUAAGGGCAUUCCAGGGUUGCUCAGCCCUGUAAAUUUCCUGGAUCACACGCGACACAAGGGCCUGGCUGUGGCUGUCUUUGGAGUUCUGUUCUGCAAGCUGUGUGUGCUGGUGCUGGCUGAGAACCCCCUGCCCUUCACAAAAAACUCUACCCAGGAGCACAGAGAGUACUGGAAGAUCGUGUCCCUCUUCUACUACCCUGCUCUCUACUACCCCCUGCUGGCCUGUGGCACUUUGCACAGCCAGGUUGGCUAUGUGCUGGGCAGCCUGCUAUCCUGGACACACUUUGCCAUCCUAGUGUGGCAGAAAGUGGACUGUCCCAAGACGACUGAGAUCUACAAAUAUUAUUCUCUACUGACAAGCCUGCCACAGAUCGGCUGCCUGGCUUUCCUAAGUUUUCAGUAUCCCCUGCUCUUAUUUAAGAACUCCAGGGGUACUGGGCAGACUUACGCCAGUGAGGACCUGUACAGCAGCUAUUAUAAAGACUAUGUGAAGGAAAUAUUGAAGAAGAAGCCCUCCAAAAACAGUUCCUGCACAGCAGAGGCUACACUGUCUGCAAGGAUCCUUGAGUCUCUCAGGUCUUAUAUCUACACACCAGAAGAAGUUUUCCGGUUUCCCUUGAAGCUGGCAAUUUCUGCAGUAGUGUCCUUCAUUUCGGUGUAUCAGGUGGCACUGUUACUGGUCACGUUUGUGGUCCCCACCCUUCAGAAAGUGCGUGCAGGCGUCAACGAAGACAUUGCCUUCCUUUUGGCUGGCUUCAACAUCCACCUGUCUGAAGACCGGGCGGAGGUGGUAAAGAUCGUGAGCUACUACAUGUGGUGUGUAGAAGUGUGCUACCUUUCAUCAGUGACCCUGUCUUGUCUAGUGACCUUCACCAUGCUCAUGAGAUCCAUGGUUUUACACAGAUCUAACCUCAAAGGCCUGUACCGGGGAGACAUUUACAAUGUGUACAACUGCCAGAGAAAUAUUCGCCCAUCCCGAAUGGCAGUUGUUUGUUGGAUGGGCUUCACCAGUUACCAAGCUGCUCUCAUCUGCUUAGGCCUUCUGAUCCAGACUCUGGUGUUCUUCAUCUGCAUCAUGUUCUUCGUGUUCCUCAUCGUCAUCCCCAUCCUGUAUGGCCAGAACCUCAUUCUCUUCCGCAUCCUCAAGACCAUGUGGCCCUUUUGGCUGUUGCUGAUCUUAGUUGUCGUGCUUCAGCAUGUGACAGCACAGUUUGCCUUCCUCAAAAAAGAUGGAGGGACAAGAGACUUAGACAACAGAAAUGGCCUGUUCCUCCUCACCUACCUCCUGUUCCCUGUCAAUGUACUCGCUGGGGUGCUGCUGGGCAUCUGGAGAAUGGUGAUCACGGCCCUGUUCAACAUUGUCCACCUGGGGCGACUGGACAUCAGCCUUCUCAACCGUGGAGUAGAGGGCUUUGACCCUGGGUAUCGCUGCUAUGCACAUUACCUGAAGAUUGAGGUCAGCCAGUCCCACCCCGUCAUGAAAGCGUUCUGCGGGGUGCUGCUGCAGUCUCCAGCCCCUGAGGGCAGUGCUGAACAGAAAAUCCGGGAUGCGGAAGAAGGAAUCCACCUGGUGCAGCAGGAGAAGAAGCAGAGCAAACUGUCCAAUUCCAGGAGGGCUCGGGCACGCUGGCUGCUCCUCUUCACCUUGGUCAACAACCCCUCUCUGGUGGCAUCCAGGAAGCACUUCCAGUGCCAGAGCUCAGAUGCCUUUCUGAAUGGGACGCUCAACCGCGCCUCCAAAGACGGCAGCAAAGAACCAGAGAAGCUGGCCGCCUAAGUGCUAUUGACAGUAGAUGUUUUCAUUAAUCAACAAGGCCCAGAAAUAAGUAGAAGAAUUCAGCGAGGUUCUUCUGAUACAGUAUUGGUUAUUGUUGGGCUUGUGUUUUUGUCUACAGUAAGUAUAGAAAUGGCUCCUCAUCUGUCAAUAAGUAAGCAUGACCAGUGCCUUAGGAAACUUAUACUAUAGCUUCUGUAUACAAUUUACAAUUUGUCAGGAUAUGUUGUCCAUAUUCUCUUUUAUUUUUUCAAUUCUCAUCCAGAAUCACUUACUCAUCUGAGAAUUUCAAAGCUGCAGCUAACUGCUGACCAUUGUGCAUGGUUAACACUUGUGAAUUCAUGAAUGUACAAAUAUUCUUCAUGUCAUAGUCAACUUUCAUUCACACGCAUCCUGGGUUUUAACAUGGCUAGGUCAAAGGACAAUGAAGCCGCACCAUGAAGAAGUAAACCGAUAACUAAUUAAAUUAAAUCAUAAGUUUACGAAGCUGAAGCAGUUGUAGAUCUUUGUAGAAUUAUUUAUACUGGCAGAAGUUAAGAGCAGCACUCCAUAACUGGUUUUACUCUUGAGUGUAUCUGCAUUGACUUUCGUUCAAAGUAAAAAUUCUCAGCGCACAUGGAACAGCAGAUACUUUUGUGCGGUUACUGUAAUAUUUGUGUCAUGUACGUGAUAAAUCGUAAGUGCCAGAUAUUUCUUUUGAAAUUUUAAAAAAUGAGAUUAAAAUGUUUUGUUGCACUGACAAUUACCGUCAUUUCUUUCUUGUACUGCAGUGUUACUGCGCGUUUAAUGCGAUCUCUCCAUAUGUCCGCCUGCGCUGCCCAGAACCCAAACGACUGUAAUCUGUGCUAAUUCGUGUGUUUUGUGGUGUUGUUAACGCGCAUUUCAGAUAUCCACUCCCUUUAGCAGCCCUGUUGUCUGUUUUUUUAAAGACCGUUAUCUCUUACAGUUAGUUUUUAACCAGUCUGGAAGCAUCAGACUAUCCGCAGCAAUUCUGAAAGUGAUCUUACUUUGUGUCCUGUGACGCUGAAACCUGCGAUAUGAAUAUGAAGUUUAACAGCCAUGGGAAUUCUCGAAAUUGGUGAACAUGUGGAAAUAUGUGCCUGCGUAAUACAAGAACCGAGAAAUAGAUUGUGAAAUAAGUUAGUGUAUAUACGUUAAUGUAGAGGAUUACUAUUAGCAAAUAAAAUCGGUUUUGAAGGGAUAUGUAUUAAUCCU